AUGAUAAAAGUCUGUCUCGUUAGAAAAAUUGAGAAACUCAACUACAGACUUAAAAAGAAGAAACGUUCUACUCCCGUUUGUUGCUUUCAAAAAAUGAUUUUCAGUUCAGACUACCCACAGACGCAAGGUUAUAUUCAUUGUCUAAUAAGAUUGUCGGUGAUUCCUCGCUAUGUCCGGUCCAACUAUUGCAAAAAUACUGGAAACAUCCUCAAACUGAUUUUACCAAUCGCAGUCCUGCUUCUGGCAAUUAUUGAAUUUGUUGUUAUUUUACUGUCUUGGUACAAAUGUAAAGAACUUUCCGACAAUGAAUAUCAGUACAUAGGCAGUACGUACACUGUUUAUGAAACUUACGAACCCGUUUACGAAAAAAAAAACUUAGUUUCAACACUUGAGACUACGCCAGUUCACGAUUCCUGCUGUAAUGGAUCUCAACCAGUUGUUAUUGUUAAUCAACAACCUAUCAGUCAACAACCAGUUCUACCAAUGAUUAUGCCUUCGCGACCAGUUGUUAAAGUACCAGUGCCUAUCAAAAUACCUGUCAAAAUUCCAUUUUCUGGAAGACCGCCGGUCAAAUUUAAAAGUUUUGUAUCUCAACAAAGAUAUUACCCAUCACAAGUGUAUGGUCCCAAUUUUGGAAAAAGUCCUAACACGUAUGGAAAGAUGUAUUUACCUCCACCUGGGACAUAUCAUGUUAACUCUGCAUAUACUGCAUUUAACAUUUAA